UGACAUUAUUGACUUCCUUGAUGAGUCCCUUGAUCUGCUGGCUUGUCUUUUCCAACUCCUUCUCAUGGGCGUGCAGAUUUUCCCGGAAAUAGGGACUGUCGGUGAGGCAGUCGGUGAACUCGAGCGGUAGCAGCCCCAUGAUCUCAACGCUCGCAGCGGAAAACGAACAGAAAAUGAAUUGUGUGUGAGUCUCAAGGCACGCACCGAUCACUCAUGGGCCGACGAAAAUGGAGAAGCCGCACAAAAAACGAACCACAAAGGGGAUUAUUCGCCGACGGAGGACAUGUAUGAGGCUUUGCCACGCAAAAGUCACCUUUCUCGAGUGCCCAUGCUAGCCAUAUGGGACACAGGAAGGUAAACAAGAGGCAAGACGAGUGAGACAAGCCCAGCUCGGUGCCCCACGGCAGUGCAUCGACCAAUCAGCGCCCGCCUCGCGGGAGGGGUAGACGAUCAUUGGCGGCCUUUCUCUUUCUUGGCCCUUCGCGCCACCUGUUGAAUGAGCGACCAACUCGCUGGAAUGCAUUUUCUGAAAGCUGCCUUCUGCACUGAUUUCGCGGCUUUUUGUAAGAAAGCAUCAAGUGUCCGACUCUGUUGCUCGCAUUCGCGUACAAAAAUGAACGGACACGUGGACGGUGAACCGCACGACGAGCUGCAGUAUCUGCAACAACUGAAACUCAUCAUCGAUAGGGGAACCAAGAAGGGAGACAGAACUGGGGUUGGGACUUUAUCUGUCUUUGGCACCCAAGCUCGAUACAGCCUCAAGGAUGGCAUAUUUCCGCUACUGACAACUAAGAAAUUAUUCUGGAGAGGAGUCGCCGAAGAGCUUCUUUGGUUCAUCAAAGGGUCGACUAAUGCCAAGGAGUUGAGUGCAAAGGGUGUCCGAAUUUGGGACCAAAAUGGUUCUAGACAGUUCCUUGAUGCUCAGGGUCUGACUCACAGAGAAGAGGGUGACUUGGGACCAGUCUAUGGAUUCCAGUGGCGUCACUUUGGUGCCAAAUACCAAGACAUGCACACAGACUAUGCAGGAAAAGGUGUCGACCAACUAAAACAAGUUAUUGAAACUCUGCGGAAAAAUCCCAACGACAGAAGAAUUCUCCUAUGCGCCUGGAAUCCUGCUGAUUUGUCCCAAAUGGCUCUGCCGCCAUGCCAUUGUCUUGUUCAAUUUUAUGUGGCAGAGGAAAAAUAUCUUUCCUGCCAACUGUACCAAAGAUCUGCUGACAUGGGACUCGGAGUUCCUUUCAACAUUGCCAGUUACGCUUUGUUGACAUACAUGGUUGCACACGUAACUGGUUUGGAGCCUUUUGAGUUCAUCCACACACUAGGAGAUGCUCAUAUUUACUUAAACCACAUCGAGGGUUUGCGAGAACAGAUAAAACGAGAGCCCAGACCUUUCCCUAAAUUCAGGUUUAAGCGCCAAGUUACUGACAUUGAGGAUUUCAAGAUAGAAGAUUUUGAAAUCACCAACUACAAUCCACAUGAGAAAAUUACAUUGGAAAUGGCAGUUUAGCUCAAAUAAAAUACUCAAAUUUAUAGGAUAUAUUGUGAUUU